AUGUCUCUUGUAAAGGUGUCUCCAGCUACAGCAACGAGGCCAGCGCAACCUCCAACCCGGCUCCUUCGUACGAGUCUGCCUCUGUCACCUCUGCCUACGUGGCACAGGCCCAGGCCACCAGCGGCGCGGGCUACACACUCGCUUGCUGGCGGCUCUGGCGUCGGUGGAACGACCUGCACCGUCACGGACUUUGCUGACGUGACGGCCUCUGCCUCUGCCUGCUCCAACGUCCUGCUGAGCGGCAUCACCGUUCCCGCCUCCAGCACCCUCUCGGUCACGGUGCCCAGCAACGGCGCCCUGCUCUUUGCCGGCACCAUGACGGUCGAGUACACGCCCGACACCGACUACACACCCAUCGUGCUGACGGGCAGCAACGCCAAGGUGGCUGGUCUCGCCGGCGCCGUCAUCGACGGCCAGGGCUCCCAGUACUGGGACGGCGAGGGCUCCAACGGCGGCACUGACAAGCCCGACAAGUUCAUCAGCCUGGACGACGUCGACGGCUUCACCUUCGAGCAGCUCACCAUCCAGAACUGGCCCACCCACUGCUUCUCCCUCAGCGGCUCCGACCUGACCAUCAACAACCUCAUCCUGGACAACAGCGCCGGCGACGAGCUGGACAGCGACGGUGACGCCCUCGGCCACAACACGGACGGCUUUGACGUCUCCAGCAUGACCGGCCUGUACGUGUAUGAUGUGACUGUCUACAACCAGGACGACUGUGUCGCCGUCAACGAUGGUUCCGACAUGGUCUUUGAGAACAUGUACUGCUCUGGCGGCCACGGUCUCUCCAUUGGCAGCAUCAAGACCGGCAAGACCGUCUCCAACGUCACCUUCAAGGACUCGAGCGUCGUCAACUCCGAGAACGGUUGCCGUAUCAAGACCUACGAUGAUGCUACCGAUGCCUCCGUCAGCGACAUCACUUACAGCGGUAUCACCCUCAGCGGAAUCACUGACUACGCCAUCGAUGUCCAGCAGGACUACGAGAACGGCAGCCCCACUGGCGACCCAGGCAGCGAUUGCACCGUUAGCGGCAUCACCUUCGAGGACAUCACCGGUACCACCAGCGGCGACGACUCCUACAACUACUACAUCCUCUGCGGUGACGGCAGCUGCACUGACUUCACCUGGACCAACAUUGAUGUCACUGAAAGACUACGAAGAGAAGGAUGCGAGAAGGCUUCCUGA